CGUCACUCUGCAAAUGUGGUGACUCAACCCAUCAACACACUGGGAAAAACGCCUGAGGUGUCUCCUUCCUGGUGGACAGAUUCCCAAAACAGGAGAUGGACGGCAGCCAGGGGGUCAAGUUGAUCAUUUCCAAUUCAUGCCAUCCAGAAUUAUAUGGAGGCGUAAGGCUGUAAUGUGAAAUCAUUCACAGGAACGAGUUAAGGACGUGAUGGGAACCGUGUAUUACCCAUCCAGGAAGGGCACAGCGACUAAGGAAUAACCGUCUGGAGAAACGUCAGAGUCACCUGAAAUUCAAUCGGAUGCUAAGUAUCACAAUGGACAAAUUUUAGGGACAUCCCUGGAACAAUGGACCUGUUCAAACCCAACCUCAAUGGCAGAGCAUGCCUCCACCAUACCACCAGAACCAGCUCUACAACCCCAGGGCGAUGGUGCCCCUAGGACUGGAGCUUCUUGUAGAGGAAGAAGAAGUUAUCCUCCAGAAACAAGGACAUCCCUGGAACUCUGGACCUGUUCAAACCCAACCUCAAUGGCAGAGCAUGCCUCCACCAUACCACCAGAACCAGCUCUACAACCCCAGGGCGAUGGUGCCCCCAGGACUGGAGCUUCUUGUAGAGGUAGAAGAAGUUAUCCUCCAGAAACAAGCUUUCUUCAACAGAUCUGGGCAGAAUCUCUUCACCAUACAUCGGGAGUCAGAGUGCUGUGGACCAGGCUUCAAUGUAAGGUUUCGAAAUCCAUACCAGAAGGACGUGGUGUCACUGUAUGCGGAAUCAGGGGGAUGUUGCUGGGGAGGAUACAGUCAUGUAAGGAUCUCUGUUUUUCCUGCGUGCACUAUCGGUUUCAUCAACAUUAAAAACUUUACUCGGAAAAUGAGUGUCUCCAUCCGAAUGAACUCUGGAGAGCUUGUGUUCACUGCUGAGCUGCCCUUAUCAGGCUCUGAGAAAAUUAUUGAGAUACUCAGUGUAAAUGGAUCUUGUCCUGUGGCCACGAUAACUACGCAGGGACAAAAUUGUGACGUCGUUUUCCAGUUUCCCAUGGACAUGGAGGCUACAUUGAAAACUCUUAUCUUGGCUGCAUUCGUGUACAUGAGAUAUCAACUGAGUAAAAUGUCCAGCAGCAGCAGCUCCUCGGCUUAUCACAGGCGUCGGAACACUGCCAAUCACGAUGACGACCACCGUUGGGGUCAUGGAGGCUUCAAUGGACAUCCUGUUGGUGGAGGUUUUAGUGGAGGGGACUGUGGAGGUGGAGGAGGGAAUUCUGGAGGUGGAGGAGGAGACUGUGGUGGUGGAGGAGGGAACUCUGGAGGUGGAGGAGGAGACUGUGGUGGUGGAGGAGGGAACUCUGGAGGUGGAGGAGGAGACUGUGGUGGUGGAGGAGGGGGCUGUGGUGGUGGAGGAGGAGACUGUGGUGGUGGAGGAGGGGGCUGUGGUUAAUUGUGUUUCUUCAUUUCUUGUGUUCACCAUCAUUGUGACAGUCAGUCACUUUUACCCUAUGUAAGAAUCCUCAGCCACCCCAACAUCUGUCUCUGUGAUCUCACUUAGACCUUAUACUGAUUUCUUGGUUCUCUUUGACAGUUCUUCACAGACUAUUAUCCAUGUCAUGUACUAGGCCAUAGUAUACUCUAGCUGUUCUAUUUGAUAUGGACAUCUAAGCUGAAAACUAUGCCAAAGCUUCAAGAAUGUUUUUUUAUAUCCUUGAGUUUACAAAUUCCCAAAGUAAUUUUUUUCAUUUUCAAAACUUUAGCCACGAGGGUAACAUCCAUAACUAUUCCAUCACAUACAAAAAUAAUUACUAAAUAAAACAAAUGCAGCUCUCACCUGUUACAUCUGUUGUGAGCUCGGUUAUCACCCUGGACACGGGUGCUGCCUGGAAAUUGAAAAAAGAGUGAAAAGUCCAGCUCUAAACAACAGUGAGUACUUUAUUUGCAGUGCAGUAAAAACUUCCAACUCUAAAGUGCAAGAAAUAGUCUACGCGUUUCGGACCUUAAUCAUGACAUGCAUCACAUAUAUUAAAGUUUUCUAUAUACUCCUCCUGCACCUAUCCACAAUGAUUAAGGUGUCACAGGAUCGGAAACUAAUUAAUAAAAUCAGAACACAUGAUAUUCUUCCUUAAAACAUUCACAUUCUCAUAAAAUCAAAGAUCCAAACAAUGCAAUGGUUAGCGGAGAAUUUUUUAUCAGUAAUGCUGUAAGAUCAAAUCACGUCUCUUAUUUAAACCUGUAGGAAAACAUGUACUUAACUGGAACAUCCAGAAAGCCCCUCUAUUCGCAGGAACCAUCGAAGGGCCACUAACGCAAGGUUAUGUGGAAUGUUAGUAUACAGGGACACCACGUCUGCCGUGAUCCAGGCACACGUGUCUCUCCAUUCAAAAUCCUCAAACGCCUGCAAGACCGACCUGGUGUCCCUGAUAUAUCCAGAAAAAGUGGAACAAGGGGUUGGAGAAGGGAAUCUACCCAUUCUGGUAAUUUUUCUGAAAAUGAUCCUAUCCCCGCUACUACGGGUCUCAUAGGCGGGGGAAAAAACAUUCUUAUGAGUUUUUGGCAAUGCGUGAAAAAUAGAUAUAAUGGGAUGAAGUACAUCGAUAUAAUCUAUUUCUUUCUGAUUGAAAAUUCCCAUCUCCAAACCCCUAGCCAAAAUUUGUGAGAUUUUUUCCUGAAAUGAUAAAAGGGGGUUGCCACUUAGUUUUUUAUAUACUGACACAUCAUCUAACAUUUUCUCCACCUGUGUUCUAUAGAAGGAACGUCUAACACUACCCCCCCCCCCCCACCCCUUAUCAGCCUGUUUAACCAUCAAAUCCUGUCUCUGUUUUAACUCUUGCAAAGCUUUGAGUUCACCUGGGGACAUGUUUUUAUUUGUUCUAGGGACUGAAAUAUUUUAAAUUUUUAUUAACAUUCAUCUUAAUUCUGUCCUGUAAAAUACAAAGAUCCCUCUCCACUAAUUCUUGGAAGCGAUCUAGAGAGGCGGAGCGUGACCGCAAGGGAUAGAAAUCCCUAUUUGGAGUUUUAAAGUGUAAAGAGGUAUGGGUCAAUGCAGCGCUCUCCCGCUCUGCUCACAUUUCCUGUAGGGAGCAAACAUGCAUCAUUUCUUUAAAAUUCAUGUUGACACCUAAAAUGUCAUAUAUAUUGGCAGUCUGUGCUCCUUCGACAGGGGAAGUAACAAUGGAUUCAUCGCAUGGUAAGACUUCACUCGUAGUGAAGUGGACAGGACCUUUGAGUCUACGGCAAAUCACCAAAAAUUUUAGGUUAAUGCUUUUCACUCUUUUUUCAAUAUUCCAUCACGUAGAUCAACAUAGCAACAUCUUACCUAACAGGACUGAAAUCCAGUAAGGCUAUGUAGUCCAGCCUUCUAUAAGAGAAGCGCAAAGGAUGAAAAACGAAUAUAACUUUACUGCUUUACUUUUCAAACUUAGUUCCAAGGGUCCAAAUUUAUGGAAAAUAUGGUCACAGUUAGAGUGUGUUCUGCGUUUCAAACGUA